UCUAGGGCCGCGUGGAACUCCCGGGGGCGCUUCCCGUAGGGAAUCUGGGAUGCCUGGGCCCGGCUGAGCAAUCGCCGCCCGCCUUUCCGCUCGUUCAAGGUCGAGUCCGAGGGUGCGGGCUUGGACCCGGGAGCUGCGGCGCAGGAGUCCGCGCACUGCCCAUGGACUCGUCGGGGGACCCCGAAGGCCCACGCCCCCCAGGAGGUUACAGAGAGCAGCGAGGCCGGAUGUACCUCUGUGGCUUGGGUCGUGUCUCUUUAACAGCAAUUCAAUUAGCUUUAGCGUGCUUUGUUUGCGAGAGAUUCGAAAAGGAGGGGCCUGGCAGUGGGGCUCGGGUCAGCGUGUUUUUUCUCUCUGGAAAGGGUUAAAGUUUGCGCACUGGGGUGGUGCGGAUGUGGCCUCUAAUGACUUUCUCUCUGUAGCUCUACUUUUAAGUACUAUGUGUUUAAGAAUGCAUUCAAAUAAGUGUGCCUGUUAGACAAACGAAAACGAGCCCCACUGUUGUCCCUCUCGCCCCUUUAACUUUCUCUCAGUUCCCUUCCUCAUCCACUACCAGAAUUUUUAAGUCUUAAGACUUCUUCCUGUUGCACAGAUUUCUUUUUCUAGACAACAAUGGCAACCUCUGAAAAAAUAGAGCAAUUCAAAUAUACUUUUCUUACUUAAAUUUCUUUUAUCUCAAAACCAUUUAAUUUAAAAAUAGCAAAUAGAUUUACUGGAUGUUUGGAACUGAGUAAAUGACCUCGUGUCUUUAAAUUAAAUGGAAAUUUAGCCCUGGGAAUAAGUAUUAAAUUAAUUGAUGCAGAAGACCUGUAAUUAUUGUAAAACACUGAUUUACAGAUUCAUGGCACUUGUCUUUCCAGGAGCUGCCAUUGUGAUGGCCCUCCAGGAGGUGCAAGGGAGACAUCCAGGCAGCUUUCAAGAGAACAGAUUUUUGUACUGAUAUCAGCAGCUUCCAUUAACUUAGGUUCCAUGAUGUGCUAUUCUAUCCUUGGACCUUUUUUCCCCAAAGAGGCUGAAAAGAAGGGAGCCAGCAAUACAGUUAUUGGUAUGAUCUUUGGAUGUUAUGCUUUGUUUAACUUGCUGGCAUCUUUGGUAUUUGGAAAAUAUCUUGUACAUAUUGGAGCAAAAUUUAUGUUUGUAGCAGGAAUGUCUGUCUCAGGAGGAGUUACAGUUCUCUUUGGUGUAUUGGACCAAGUUCCAGAAGGACCCGUGUUUAUUGCUAUGUGUUUUCUAGUGAGAAUAAUUGACGCAAUCAGUUUUGCUGCAGCAAUAACCGCAUCUUCUUCUAUCCUUGCAAAGGCUUUUCCAAAUAACGUGGCUACAGUAAUGGGAAGUGUUGAGUCUUUUUCUGGACUGGGUCUAGUACUAGGGCCUCCUUUGGGUGGCUUAUUGUAUCAAUCCUUUGGCUAUGAGGUGCCUUUCAUUCUUCUGGGAUGCAUAGUUCUGCUGAUGGUUCCCCUCAACAUGUGUAUUUUACCUAAUUAUGAGUCUGAUCCAGGGAAACACUCAUUCUGGAAACUCAUCAUUUUACCCAAGGUUGCCUUUAUAUCCUUCGUCAUUACCUCACUCAGCUCAGGUUUUGGCUUCCUUGAUCCUACGCUGUCCCUCUUUGUUUUGGAGAAGUUUAAUUUACCAGCUGGAUAUGUGGGACUGGUAUUCCUGGGUUUGGCACUAUCCUACGCCAUUUCUUCACCACUGGUGGGCCUACUCAGUGAUAAAAUGCCACAUCUAAGGAAAUGGCUUCUCGUUUUUGGAAACUUAAUCACAGCAGGGUGCUACAUGCUCUUAGGACCUGCCCCAUUCUUGCACAUUAAGAGUCAGCUCUGGUUGUUGGUGCUGAUAUUAGUCAUAAAUGGUAUCUCUGCUGGAAUGAGUUUAAUUUCAACUUUUCCAGAGAUUCUCAGCUGUGCACAUGAAAAUGGAUUUGAAGAAGGAUUAAGUACCUUGGGACUUGUGUCAGGUCUCUUUGGUGCACUGUGGUCAGUUGGUGCUUUUGUAGGACCAACGCUGGGAGGAUUUCUGUAUGAGAAAAUUGGUUUUGAAUGGGCAGCUGCUCUGCAGGGUCUCUGGGCUCUGACAAGUGGACUAGUGAUGGGCUUGUUUUAUCUAUUGGAGCAUUCAAGGAGAAGAAGGAGGUAUGGUCAACUCUUGAGUUUUUUUCCUCCCUUUAAAAGUUGGCUUGUGGGAGUGGAAAAAAGACACCAUUUUACAUCCAUUCUUCCACUCUGGAGAUUUCUGGGCACUCUGAGCCUCAUCACUUGAUAGACACAUUUACGGAAAUAGUUGGAUAGAGAUGUAGGUACUGAGUUUUUUUUUAAGGUGAGAAAUAUUGAGGUUGGCCUCUUCUUUCCUUCAACGUAGACCUAAACUUCAAAAUAGCCUCGGCACAGAGGAGGAACGGACUGCUCUCUUGCCUGAUGAAACGUAGCCUUACCUUAGGGAUCCCUACUGAUACGGGGCUGGGAGAUGGAUGCUCCUGGCCUUGAACUUCAUCGCUGGAAGGAUUUUCCUAAUUUUUACACACAAAACUCCAUGGACUCCACACCAGCAUCCUGAAAUUGUUAACAUAGUUUUGGAUGAUCCUGUGUUGGGCUGCACAUACUGUUGUCCUGAAGAGCUGGCCUGCUGAACCAGCCGUAUUUGAAACCUUAAGUAUGCGAAGAGUUGUUGAAAAUCAACAAAAGUUUUUGGUUUUGAGUGACCAGAUUUGGCUCUGAGGAUGUUACUGACUCUGGGUGUCCUGUUUCCUCUGUUUACUUUUUAUUCUGAGGGCACUGAUUCUGUGACUGUACCCUUUUUAUUAACAGGGAAAGAAAUGAAUUGAUUUGAUAUGCUUAAAAAUAAUAUAAAGAUAACUCAAAAUAUACAUAAUAAUUACUGUGAAAUCAGUUUUUAAAAUAUUUGUUUUCUCUGUGUCCUAAGAUUUUUUUGUUUUUGUUCAAGAGGCAAAAUUCCAGCCUACCGUGGAAAAGCUCUAUUGCAUACCCUGGCCAUCAGCUUUUCUAAAACUAUUGUUUGUGUGAAAGAUACAAGAAUAAUAUUACUUAACACUUCCAAUUUUGUAACAUGCUGUGAAUUAGGAUCUGGAUUUAUAAAUAAUGCUUUGUAUAAUAUUAUUCAUUUCCCUUAAUGUCUCUGUUUUAGUUCUAUCAUUUAAAAAAAAAAAAAAGUACUCCCAAUAGUUGUAUCCCAUUUCCAGAGCAAGUGAGCCCCCAGGAAUGCUUGUUCUAUGUUAGGGAAGGGGUUCCUCUGACUUCAGGUAAAAUCCAUGCUGUCGUUUGAAGUGAGUGAAUCUCUGCUGUACAACUCUCAUACCUCCUGGUCCAUUUUCAUGCUGUAGUAGCCCCAUUUACCCACCCACCCCUUUUUAGUAGAAGAAAUGUUUUUUAUCUGUUUAUUAAUUCAAAAAUAUUUAUUGAAUGCCUUCUCUGAAUUGACAUUGCACUUGAUCUUACAGAUUUAGCUGUGAUCAAGAUAAACAGAGUCUAGUCUUUAUGGAACUAAUACUCCAGUGGAAGGAACAAGCAAGAAAUAAAUACCAGAAUCUCUAUCUUGCAGAGAUGCUAUGAUGAAAAACAAAAACCUGGUGAUAUGAAAGAGUAAUUGGCUGGAGCUGAUUAGGUGUGAGGAUCCUCAUUUAGGUAAGGCCUUGAACUGAGCUCUGAAGGAUGAGAAUGAGGCAGCCAUUCUGAGGGGAGAGCCCUCCCUAGCAUGUGCAAAACGGCUUGACAUGGUCAAAGAGAAGGCCGUGGCCCACAUGGCUGGAGUCUAGUAAACAGAGGAAUUUGGGUGGGGGAGAGGAGCUGGCUUUUGAAUGGAGGAUUCUAGAAUUUGAUUCAUAUUUCAGGAAGGUCAUUGUGUUUGCAUGGCCAAGGUGAGUGGGGAUGCAGAUUACCAGGGGUGGAGGGAAAUCUUUGGAAGCUUUGAGAGAGACAUUAAUGGUUUGGAUCAGGAAGGUGGUGCUAAAGUAGAGAAAAGGAUGUGUUUGGAAGUAGAACCAACAGGGUUUGCUGAUAAUGGACAGAGAAGGGGAGAGAAAUUCAGGAAGACUCCUAGGAUUUGGCUUGAGGGCAUGGGUGGUCAACUGGUGCCUCUUAGUGAAACGGGGAAGAAUGGGAGAGAAACAGAUCUGGAAGAGGCACAUUAAACCAUGCCCUUUCACACCACCAUAAGGAAAAAUAAAUAAAAUUUAAAGGAUCACAAUACCCAGGUUGGAGAAGAUGGACAGCAACGGGACCACGGACUGUUUCGUUAGACUGUUUGGCAUUAAUUCCCCAAACUGAAUAUUCACAGUUCCCAUGAACUCUUCACUCUCCUCCGCCCCGCAAGUCCCUUCGCCCUGAGAACUCCAGAGGCUGGUCCCUUGCCUGCCAAGCACAAGUGGCCUGUCACCCGCUUACCGGAGCGGCACCAGGACGAGUGUGACCCCAGCCCCCUGCACUCGUGUGCACUGCGGAAAGGGCCAGGCCUCGAUCUCCCAGGUUAAAUCGUCCUGGCCCCUCUCCAGGGCUUUCCUUCCUUGGGCGCAGGAUGCAGGCUAAUGCGGGGCCGCCCCUCGUCCGCCCAGUGGCCGAGGAAGCCGCCGAGUGCCUGUAGUUCCCAUUUGUACCACGUGGGGCCGCUAUUAAAGCACCGCGGGGAUCCAGCAGCUCAAAGCCGGGCCGCGGCGCCCGAGCUCGCACCGUUCCCACCCGGCGUCCCGGCGUCACUCAGGGCGGUCAGCCUAUUACCGUUACCAGCGCUGUUGACUGUUGAGACUAGUUCAAGGUCAACGCAAAGAGUCCAGACUUACUGACUAGAGAACUUUUUGUUCCCCCUCCCAACAUGCCGCUGUCAGUACCUACUGUGGAUACCAGUGUAUUUAAAGCCGCUUUGUACAAAAACAACUUUGCCCCUUCCUCAUUUUAUGAUUUUGAAGUAUUAAGAUAAAUGACAAAAAAAAGUUAAAAAUAUGAGAAACAAUAGCAGAACUUUGAACCUUUUGAAACCAAAAGGUAGGUCAAAAUUAUCAAAGGAAACCUGUGUAUGUGUUUAUAGUUAUAUAUAUUUAUAUUCAUCUAAAUGUAACAAAGUGCCCAAUUUAAAAGCACUUUUUAAAAAAUGAGACUGAAUGUAGAAUAUAAUAAAUUAAAAAGUAUCUUUUAUGUUAAGGUCACGUUGCAACCUAUACAUAUAUGACAUACAGACUAAUCCCAAGGAAAAAUAAAAAGGACAAAUUUUUUAAAUCACAAAUCGUUUUUUCAAUUAAAACUUUUUAAAAAUGUUUGAGAUAAUUGUUGAUUCACAUGUAGUUGUAAGAAAUAAUACCCAGAGAUCAUCUGUCCUCUUUACCCAGGUUCCCCCAAUGGUAACAUCUUGCAACACUUAACAGUACAAUAUUAUAACUAGGAUAUAUUGGUAGAGUCGAGAUAAAGAAAGAUUCCCAGUCUUCAGUUGCCCAUGGCCAUACUUUUCUCUCACCCUCACUCCCUCCUUACUCUCUGGCCAUCACUAAUCUGUUCUCCAUUUCUGUAAUUUUGUCAUUUCAAGAAUCCUGCGUGAAUGGAAUCUAUUGUAUGUUAUUUUUGGGGAUUGCCUUUUUCAUUCAGCAGAAUGCUCUUGAAAUCCACCCACACUGUUGCAUGUGUCCAUAGUUCAUUUCUUACUGAGUAGUAUUCCACGGCUUGGUUAUUCAUCCAUUGAAGUGCAUCUGGAUUGUUUUCAGUUUGUGGGUAAAACAAAUUAAGAUGCUAUGAACAUUCAUGUACAGGUUUUUGUGUGAAGAUGUCUUCAUUUCUCUGGGAUAAAUGCCCAGGAAUACAACUGCUAAGUUGUGUGGUAAUUGCAUGAUUAGUUUUUUUCCCCAAAUAACCCAUAUAUUUUACAAGGGAAAUUUGAU